AUGAAUUCUAAUCGGUCACUAAAAAGUAAUACAAGUCUUGGUGGUCGAAUAUCACCAAAUGUUCAAGUAACAAAAUCCGAUUAUUUAACAAAUCGUUCCUCAUCACCACCAAUAUCAAUAUCAAAUAGCCGUUCACCAUUGUCUCGACAACAAGAUCAUGGAAAGAAUGAAUAUCCUUUGAAAAAUUUCAGUGAUGAUGAUAUUAAAUAUCAUAAAGUAGUUUUUGAACGCUGUGCUGAUUUACCUACACGAGUCUCAAUAACAAAUCGUGAGAAAUUUGUUCAAGCUCUUAAUUAUGUUGGAUAUGAUUUACCAAAAACAACAAUUGAUCAAUUAUGGUCAAAUAAUGAUGAAGAUAUAAAAUUCAAAGUAUUUCAACAUAUUCUUAAUGAAGAAAAACCAAUUGAUGAACGAACUCUUGAAGAAGCAUUUGAAACACUUUAUAAUAAAGAUCGAAAACAUGAUUGGAGUGCAAUUGAUUUUGAUAGAUUUCGCACAGAUAUGCUUGAAAAAGGUGAUCGUUUGACGGAAGAUGAAUUUAAAAAACUUCGUUAUUUACUCGGUACUGACGUUGGAAAAGUCGAUGUUAAAAAGUUAACGAAAACAAUAGGAGAAACUAAAACUAAUUGUCGUCAAAAAAUUUUGAAAGAGAAAAAUGAACAAAAACGAGAUGAUUUUGAACGUCCACUAUCACGACCCAAUUCAUCAAAAUCAAAUAGUAAUAAUAAUGUUCAUAUUAUUAUUGAUCCGUCAUCGAAAAAACUAUCCAUUGAUCCGAAAAUGCGUUCUUUACAAAUGAAAGGUGCAUUCUUUUGCGAAUAUUUCGAUUCACCAGUCGAUGCACUUUAUUUUUCCAUUGGUUAUUCAUUUGAAAUUAAAAAAGAUGCGCCUAUAUGGAUAACUGUUGAACCCAUCAUUUCACGAUAUCAUGCAGAUUCAUCAUUUAAAAAUAUUGAUGUUCGAAUUCUUCUCUUUGAAAAACGUCCUCGUUCAACAGAAAGACGUCUUCUUCAUAUGAGUUCUGAACGAUUUGGGCAUAAAUCUUAUCUGCAUUUGAAUACAUUAGCAAAAGGCUCAUAUGAAAUUAUUCCUGUUACAUUUGGUGGUGUACUUCGAGCACGAUCAAAAGAAGUGAAUGAACGUGCACCGAUAAAAACAUUGCGAGAAAUUAAAAAAGAAAAAAAUUUUCUUAUGAGUAAAGAUUACCGAGAUGCACUUGAAUAUGUAUUUGAUCUAUUUGAUUUUGAUGAUAAUAAACAACUUGAUCGAAAUGAAUAUAAUUUAUGGACAGUAAGAACAACAGGAGAAGAAAUAAGUGAUGAUGAUUGGUCAUCUAUUCGAGAACAUGUUGGUUUGGAUGUUGAUGAAAAUGUUUCAAAAGAAAAAUUUUUAAAAUUAAAUGAUUUUGAAGUACAAGAUCGAGAUACAAGUGAACAAGAGUUAUGGAAUGGUUUAAAAUCUAUAGGUUUUAACUAUGCACUUGAACUUGAUAUGAUGUGUCAAUUUAAUUUAACUGUACAUAUCAAUCAACCUGAUCUUCAUCUUAAACCAACAUCAUAUAUUGAAUUAGCUGAAAUAAAAAAAGUUCUUGUGAAAUUUUUAGAAAAUAAAGGACAACAAAUAAAACUUAAUAAUUUAUCUGUUCAAUGUUAUAAUUAUAAAGAUGAUUGUGGUUCAAUACUUUUUGUAGAAAAUAAAAGUUCAUCAAAUGUUCGAUUAUCUAUUCAAGUAAAAGGUUCAAAAAACGUUGCAUUAAAUCUACCUAUUGAUGCACACAAACCAUCUGUAAUCAAUGUUCGACAUGAUAGCACUCAAUUCUAUGUUUUAGCUUAUUUGGUUUGCACAUAA